AGCGCUGUGGUAACAAUGGACGCAGACGAAGACGGCUUCACCGACGCUUGCUUAUGUUAGCCCAUCAAACAAAGGGGGCGGCGGUGUCACGCGGCUCACCUUCUUACAGUAGCUUUAACAUGGAGCGAUGGCUCAUUAUUGCAAUCGGCGUCCUUGAGAAUGACCCCGGGCCCUUCCCCAAGCAGCUGGUGCAGGUCAACGGCCACGCGGUGGAUAAGAACGGCCACGCGGUGGAUAAUGACGUGCAUCUCCUAAUCAACGUGCAGGACCUUAACGACAACAGGCCGCACUUCGAGAUGCCCGUUAUCCAGGGCUCCGUGGAUGAGGGCUCCCUACCAGGCACGCCAGUGAUGACGGUCACGGCAAGUGACGAGGACGACGCCUUAUCGCCCAACGGCGUGAACCGCUACAAGAUCGUGUCGCAGGUUCCCACGAAGUCCUUGGACCGCGUGCUUACCAUCAACAACACCAUGGGCGUCAUCAGCACCAUCGCCGCCGGGCUGGACCACGAGACGACGCCGCAGUACGUGCUGGUGGUGCAGGCCUCAGACAUGGAGGGCGACCCGGACAUCGGCCUCACAAACACAGCCACCGCCAUCGUCACCAUCGCCGACAUCAACGAUAAUCCCCCCGAGUUUACGGACAUAACCGUACGCACCACGCCACCACACGACGUGUCUGUGGUGGGGUUGGAAGGGCGGCGGGGCCAGGUGUCCCCGCAGCCGUAAUAGUCCCGCCCCGAGCAGAGUCCGCUGCCUCCUGCAGUGUCACGUCCAGUUUGUCUGUAGAAGGCACGACAGGCGCUCUUGCAGGGUCAACAGGCACAGGCAAGGGUGUGUCGGCAGCAACAGACACCGGCAAGGCAACAUCAGGAGAUGACGCAUCCGUUCGAGGGGCCACGUAUGGUUUCAAGCGAGACGUAUGGACGUACCAGCGCCGAGCUCCGAACCGAACGCGCGCGGACUGCGGGUUAGGAACCUCAAUGAGCCUAACAGGCCCCUGCCAUGGUUUAUGCAGUUUAGGGGAGGUUCCUGCUCGCACCUGCGGGCAAUGCAGCAAAGCCAUAUUCCCCCACCUUCCAGGGGCACUUCCCCUUCGAGCGUCGAGCGCAACGUUCGUUUCGGGCCUGGGUUUUGGCAGUAGCCACUCGGGCCCCCUCCCGCGCCUCAGCGACGCGGCGAACGGCGUCCUGAAUGUAGUCGGGGAGAGGCUUAGUAGGUCCUCUCACUCCCAUUCCCAACUGCACAUCCAUUGGCGGCACGUUUUCGCGACCGUACAUGAGAAAAAACGGAGAAUAUCCUGUGGACGCGUGAGGCGUCAUCCGGUAUGCCGAGAGUACCCCAGGGAUGUGCAAAUCCCAGUCAGCUUGCUUCUCAUUAACUGUGUGACACAGCAUGGCUGACAGCGUCCGAUUUAGUCUUUCCACCAUGCCAUCCGUCUGCGGGUGGUAGGGGGAUGUCCGGAUCUGUUUGGUCCCCAGAGCAGCGCACACCUCCCCCAACAAUUUAUAAGAAAAAUUCCGGCCCUGAUCAGUGAGCAGCCUCUCCGGCGCC